UGGCCGGUCCACACUCGCUUGGCCUCCUUUCGUCUCGCCUCGGGGGCAAUCUAGGUAGCAAUCUAGGUAGCAAUCCAUCCGUCAGGCCAAGUUCUUGUGUAUGACCGGGAUUGGCGAAGCGUUGGACUAAAUCCCAACGGCCGGACUGGACAGUCUCGCCAGUCGUGUAUUUCUAGGGCCUGCUGCCUCUGGUAGGCAGGAUAAGCCAAGCUGGCGAUUGGUGUCGCCGUCAUACGCCAAGCGCCAUAAGCUUGACGAACCAAGGAUUUGGCACCAGCGUCCCGUCUCCGCCCGUGGCGCGAGAUAUAUACGUACGUGUAGAGGGAGCUAGAGGAGGACUCUCGAAGCCCCAAACCCGCUCUCAACUCGUGCUUAUCUACCAACCAAGGUGUCUGCCGUCAGAGCAGUACGUGCAGAGACAAGGAUCCUGCUUCCUCGUUUUCAUCUUCCUCGACCAGACCGACUUCUGCUCUCCCCUAUCCUUCGCCUCCCAUGCUGGCCCCCACCAUCAAACGGACCUGGCGGCCAUGGCGGCCUGCCUCGCUGGUCUUCGUCGGACUGGUGACGUACGCCAUCUCGUGGCGUCAAGGCCAGAGGUCUACGUCAACCCUCCUCACCACCUUCUCGGGCGCAUGGCUGGCCCUGUUCGCCGUCUGGGCCAUCUGGAUGAACCAGCUCUACCCCAAACUCUUCUCGCCGCUCAGGCACCUCCCGGGGCCAAAGGACAACAGUUUUUGGAACGGCCAGCAGGCCCGGAUUGCCAAGGAGCCGACUGGCGCGCCCAUGACGGAUUGGCUCAAUUCCAUCCCCAACGAUGGCUUCAUCCGCUACCUGUCGAUUCUCAACAUCGAGCGCCUGGCGCCGACGAGCGCCAAGGCGCUGCAAGAGAUCCUCGUGACGAAGAAUUACGACUUUGAGAAGCCCGAGGACUUCAGGCACACCAUCGGCCGCAUCCUAGGCGUCGGCAUCCUGCUGGCCGAGGGCGACGAGCACAAGGCGCAGAGGCGGGCGCUGAACCCGGCAUUUGGCUUCCGCCACAUCAAGGACCUGGUGCCCGUCUUCUGGAGCAAGUCGGUCGAGUCGGUGCUCGCCAUGACGGCCCAGAUCGACGCCGACGCCGAUGCCGACGCCGACGCGCCCGGCCCGCGGACGGCCAGGCUGGAGGCGAGCGGCUGGGCGUCGCGCGCAACGCUGGACAUCAUCGGCGUGGCGGGCCUCGGGCGCGACUUUGGCGCCAUCGCGAACCCGGACACGGAGCUCACCAGGACGUACAACAACCUGUUCAAGCCCUCGCGCCAGGCCCAGAUCCUCGGCAUGCUCGGCCUCAUCAUCGGCGGCUGGGCCGUGUCAAUGCUGCCGAUAUCGCGCAACAACGACAUCCAGGCGUCGUCCAAGCUCAUCCGGGCCACGUGCCGCGACCUGAUCCGCGAGAAGCAGGCCAAGCUGAACGAGCGCAAGAAGGACGAGACCGGCGACGGCGACGCGGCGGGCCCCAGGGACGUGGACAUCCUCUCGGUCGCGCUCGAGAGCGGGGGCUUCAGCGAGGAGAACCUGGUGGACCAGCUGAUGACGUUCCUGGCGGCCGGGCACGAGACGACGGCGUCGGCCAUGACGUGGGCCGUCUACCUCCUUUCGGUCAACCCGGGGGUGCAGAGCCGGCUGCGGGCCGAGGUGAGGGCGCGGCUGCCGGCGCCGGGGUCCGACGGCGCGGCGGCGGCGUCGCCGUCGCCGGUGACGUCGGUCGACAUCGACCGCAUGCCCUACCUCAACGCCGUCUGCCUCGAGAUCCUACGAUACUUCGCCCCCGCGCCCAACACGCUGCGCGUGUCCAACAAGGACACGACGGUGCAGGGCCAGUUCGUGCCCAAGGGGACCCGCGUCAUGCUCGUCAUCAGCGCGCUCAACAAGUCGACGGCGCUGUGGGGGCCCGACGCCGGCAGCUUCAACCCGGACCGCUGGCUGGACCCGGUCCCUGGGGGCGGCGGCGAGGCGUACGUAGUCAACAACAACGGCGGGGCGGCGAGCAACUUCGCGCUCAUGACGUUCCUGCACGGGCCCAGGAGCUGCAUCGGCAGCGCCUUCGCCCGGGCCGAGUUCGCGUGCCUGCUGGCCGCCUGGGUCGGCCGGUUCGAGUUCUCGCUCCAGCACGCCGAGGAGAUGGACGAGAAGAAUGUGGACAUCAAGGGCGGCAUCACGCAGCGCCCCGCCAACGGCAUGCGCGUGUGGGCGAGGGUCAUGGAGGGCUGGUAGGGAGGGUCUGGCAUCGCCUGCUGCGUUGUAUCCCUCGUGGUGUCAUUCACUUUGGGCUACACUCCUUGCUCUCAGUUUUGGUUUUGCUGUCUACCUAGUCCAGUAGAGGGUAGAUGACACACUCCUUGCUCUGGAUAUCUACCAUCAAAUGUUCAAGAACGGUCUUAGCUUUGGGGUUCACAACACCAAGAACUUUUUGAUAUAUCGAAUAUAUAUGAAACCACCCUUUCGGAACUGG